AUUCGAAUUUCAGAACGAAAUAUCAAAGCAAGAUAUAUAUAAUUCCUGAUGGGAGUUUCCUGUGAUGAAUCCCAUCAGCUUUUAGACCACCAAGAAACUCUUCCGACCACCACCGCCACCACUAAAACUUCCAAAAAGCUGUCUAUCUUACCCUUCAUCUUCCUCAUCUACUUCGAGGUAUCAGGUGGUGCAUACGGUGCGGAGGAAGCCGUGGGUGCCGCCGGACCGUUUUGUGCCAUAUUGGGGUUCCUUGUUUUCCCUUUCCUAUGGAGCAUACCCGAGGCACUGAUCACGGCUGAGCUUGCCACGGCCUUCCCCGGUAACGGUGGCUACGUCAUAUGGGCUCACCAGGCUUUCGGGCCAUUCUGGGGUUCACUAAUGGGAUCCUGGAAAUUCGUCAGUGGUGUCAUCAACCUCGCUUCAUGUUCCGUUCUUUGCAUCGACUACCUCAAGUUAGUUUUCCCAGUUUUUUCAUCGGGUGCGCCUAGAUACAUUGCGAUUCCAUUUUUAUCCUCGAUGUUAUCUCUGUUAAACUACACGGGCUUGGUUGUGCUUGGCUAUGCUGCUAUAGUUUUAGGUGUUAUUACACUUGUUCCCUUCAUAUUGUUGGCCUUGAUUUCAAUUCCCAGGAUUGAUCCAAGUAGAUGGCUCAGUUUGAGUCAAAACCCGAGUAGUUGGCUCAGUCAGGACCGAGUACAAACCAAUUGGUCAUUGUUUUUCAACACCCUCUUUUGGAACCUGAACUUCUGGGACAACGUCAGUGCUUUAGCUGGUGAAAUCGACCAACCCCAAAAGACAUUCCCAAAAGCUCUUUUCUCAGCCGGGAUGCUCACUGUUUUAUCCAAUUUAGUGCCUCUUUUAACCGCUACCGGGGCUAUACCACUUGAGCAAGAGAAAUGGGUCAAUGGGUACUUCGCUGAUGCUGCCAAGAUCAUAGCAGGCGAAUGGCUAAUGAUCUUUGUUGAGAUCGGUGCCGUUUUAUCGACCAUCGGAUUCUACGAAGCGCAACUGACUAGCAGCGCCUAUCAGCUUCUCGGCAUGGCAGAGAUCGGAUUCCUGCCUCAGUGUUUCUCGGUGAGAUCCAAGUGGUUCGACACACCGUGGGUGGGGAUUGUGGUCUCAACAUCGAUUACCAUCGCGGUCUCUUAUAUGAACUUUGCAAACUUAAUUUCUUCAGUUAAUUUCUUGUACAGUUUAGGGAUGUUACUCGAAUUCGCAUCGUUUCUUUGGUUGAGGAGAAAAAUGCCAACGAUGAAGAGGCCGUUUAAAGUGCCAAUGGAGUUGCCUGGUUUGAUUAUCAUGUGCUUGAUUCCUUGUGGGUUUUUGGUCUACAUUAUGUCAGUGGCCAAUGUGACUGUGCUUUUGGUGAGCACUACAGUGACUCUGCUUACCGUUUUGUGGUACUUUGUCAAGAAAAAUAUCGGCAAAUCCAAGAUGUGGACCGAGUUCAAUAAGGGAGCCAAAUUGGUGGAUGUAGAUUUGCAGUAGGCGGAUGUAUUAAGAUUGUUAUUAGUAAUUAGUACAAGAAUUAGUUUCAUGGGAUUGCAUUAUUAAUGAAAUUGAUUGUUUUUUACUGGGUUUAA